GCGCGCGAACAGAAUCUGCUGUGCACCUGGAGAAGAAGUGUCCUCUUCAAACGUUCCACUUCCCAGCAGUCUUUGUUGUUGAAGAGGAGCUCAGACUAGCAAGAGGCGAUGGCGAUGUCGUCAACUUGUUGAUGUAGCCGCUUUUAGUUCAUUACUGACGGGCAAGGUCUGAAGAUGCCAGAUUUUCUUGGUUCCCUCACCACGGAAGCUGUCCUCUCUAAAACCAUUUCCUUGGACAACUUCAACACCUUUGCUCAGUCCACAGAGCCAAACCCAGCUGUCGCCAUCGCCAUCAGUGGCAACAUCAGUAACGUCAGCCAACAAGGAUUCCUUCGCUGCACCUACAAAGAGGACUUCAAACGUAUCCUCCUCCCUGCCAUUUACACAUUAGUCUUUCUGCUUGGCCUCCCUCUUAAUGCUGCUGUCAUACAAAAAAUAUGGAGGAGGAGGUCAAAUCUGUCCCGCAACAACAUCUACAUGCUCAACUUGGCCGUGGCUGACUUGUUGUAUGUGAUGUCACUUCCCCUGCUCAUCUACAACUAUGCCAGUAAUGACUACUGGCCCUUUGGGGACUUUACAUGUAAGCUGGUUAGAUUUCAGUUCUACAGUAAUCUUCAUGGCAGUAUCCUCUUCCUCACCUGCAUCAGUGUUCACCGGUACCUUGGUAUCUGUCAUCCUCUGGAAACAUGGCACAAGCAAGGCGGGCGCAGGCUGGCCUGGAUUAUAUGUGGAGCAGUGUGGCUGGUGGUGGCCCUCCUCUGUGCACCAACAUUUCACUUUGCCUCAACGGGAAUUCAGCGGAAUCGCACAGUUUGCUACGAUUUAAGCACGCCAAAGCAGUCUGUGGACUAUUACCCAUAUGGCAUGGCUCUCACCUGUCUGGGCUUCCUGUUACCUUUUAUGGGUGUGAUGAUGUGCUACUGCAGAAUGGCCCUUAUUCUGUGCCGCCCGGUGACCUGCCAAGGUGUCAAUGGUCAGAUAAGGGAGAAACGAGACAAGGCAGUGAAGAUGAUCAUUGUGGUUGCUGCUGUGUUUUCCAUCAGCUUUCUGCCCUUUCACCUCACCAAAACCUUAUACCUGGUGGUCCGAACCCUGCCUAGUGUGUCUUGUGAGACUAGAAACCUGUUUUCAGUUAUCUAUAAGAGCACCAGACCAUUUGCUAGUAUGAACAGCUUUCUGGAUCCCAUUCUGUUCUAUUUCACUCAGCCACAUUACCGACAGAGUACCAAAAGGUUAAUCCUCAGAGUCACCACCCUCAGGGACAAGAGCAGCAGCGACUAAAAGUCCCAGUUUCUAACAUAGUUUACUCCUAACUUACUGUGAGAGGCACUGAAAAUGUGGAAAACAUUUGAUGAAUUAAUGAAAUCAUCAGCCAGACUGUAACUUGUAUUUUGCGUUGCUCAUGUAAGAGAAAGGCCUAAAUCACUGUAAACGCUGUGCCAGUUUAAAUAAUGCACUAGAUUUGAACAUUGAAGACUGUUUGUAUAAAGUGUUUUAUAUUUCCCAGCAACAGAGCACUUUGAACUUUACAUUGAUUGAUUUUGUGAUGACCACUGACUGCAUGGAUUGUCAUUUUAAGUAACCCUGUGUAUGACAGCAACUUUGGCUGGAAUCCACAAUGACUAUAACCCAUUUAAAUGUAGUAACAUUUCAUCUGCUUUCUGGCUGUGUGUUAUGGUGGAUAUUUUGGAACCAAGACUAAAAAUAUUGCUUCAGCAUUAGCUCUAUAUUGGACUUUCUUGCAGGUGCAUGCAUUGUUGCCAGUAUUUUGCCACUAGAUGGCGUAGGUGUCCCACGUCACUAAAACUGGUCAUCUUUUUGUACAGUACAGUAUUGGAAGGUUUUUAUUCUAUUAAAUUAAUACUACUGCGUUUUUCUGUAUGUUAAGUAUCAGAAUGCAAUCGUAAAUACUGCCUGAGAACUAAUUUGGUGUCUGUCAGCCUGACGUCUGAUGUGCAAAUAUUCAUUUUUCUGCCAACCCCAAGUGCUUUUUGUGACGACACUGUGAUGCUGCGCUAGAUUAACACGUUGACUGAUAGGUUUUUGUUUUGCAUUUUACAGUUCUGGGGCAUUAAGUUUAUAGCAAAUAGUACGGUAGCGCUUUGAAAAUACUGUACUUCAUUAAUGAGAUUACUGUCAAGUAUAUUAUGUCAAAUUGACUGUGCCAACACGUUUUUUAUGUGUUGUAAUGCUUAUAUAAUUUGCUAUAACACUGCAUAUAUUUGGGAAUAGAGUUUCGUUUCUGUUACAUGGUUUUGCUGAAGAUGUUAUUGGAUGUUGUCAUGAAGAAACAAAGUUGACACUUUAAACUGUGAUUGUGAAUGUUUCACUUGUACACUCAUACUAAUGGCAAUUUGUUGUAUUGUAAAUGGACAGGGACUGCUGCAUGUUUACAUCAGGUGCGACACGUUCCUCAUUUUUUAAUGGCCUGUGAGACAUUCGUACACAAAAUUAUGCACGGCCUCUCAUCACAACAAUUACAAACUAUGCUUUGCUACCUAUAACAACGUUUAGAUGUGAUUUUCUUUAGUACAGAGCACAUUUUGAUCUACAUUGAUUUGAUUCGAAGUAAACAAAAGUUGAAGAAUAUCAUAUAAAAUGUCCCCUGCAUUCUACAUUUUCUGUAGCAGAAGUUUGGGCAUCCCUGGUUAAGUUACUUUGGCUUCAAUCAUUUGCAUCCACCUGUCAUGCUCUCUAUUACCCUGGUGGGGGCACUGUAG